AUGGAUUUCGACCUCGUUGUUCGCAAUGGUACCGUUGUGACUGCCUCGGACAUUUGGGAGUCUUGUGAUAUUGGAGUCAAGGAUGGAACCAUUGUCGCUGUUGGUCCUCGUCUUCCAGCUGCACCCGGUGCGCAAGAGAUUGACGCUGAAGGGGCUUUUAUAACUCCCGGAGGAGUCGACGCUCAUUUUUACGAAGGCACCGUCGGUGUGGACAUUGAUCACUCUAUCGUUACGAAUGGGGUCGUCCCCGAUCCCGAAAACUUUGUCGGUGACACGUUCGAUACGGGCACACGCAGUGCGGUAGCUGGAGGAACGACAACAGUAAUUACGUUCGCUUCUCAAAUGAAGAAGGACGAGAGUAUCAUUGCUGUUGUCGAAGACUAUCACAAGCUCGCCAAGGACCAGUCCUACUGCGACUACGCUUUCCACGUCAUCAUCACUAAUCCGACGCCCCAAAUCGUCGAAGAUGAAUUCCCGCGGAUGGUCGACGAGUACGGAAUUACGAGUGUGAAGCUGUAUAUGACAUACAAGCCAUUGAGGCUUCUGGAUUACCAGAUUCUUGAUGUCAUGUAUUCCGCUCGGAAACUUGGUAUCACCACGAUGGUGCACGCCGAGAAUGCCGAUAUCAUCGACUGGAUGACGCAGCAUCUAGAACAGAAGCUCAUGACGCAGCCUUACCACCAUGGCACAUCUCGACCUCCGAUUGUGGAAGCUGAGGCUACGAACCGCGUCAUUUGUUUGGCUGAACUCAUGGAUACGCCGAUCCUGCUCGUGCACAUAUCCGGUGGGCCUGCCACGAAGCACAUCCGCGACGCACAAACGAGGCUGCUUCCGAUUUACGGUGAAACGUGUCCCCAGUACAUGUUCCUUCUCGCUGAUUCGAUGCGAAAGGGGGACUUCGAAGGCGCGAAGUGCGUAUGCUCACCUCCGAUCCGGGAGGACAAGUCCGACCAAGACGCCAUAUGGGCUGGGAUUAAGAACGGGACAUUCACCAUCGUUUCUUCAGACCACUCCCCUACCAAAUUCAAUCAUCAAAAUGGAAAGCAGCGGGGACUCAAAGACGGAAACCUUCCAUAUGGUAAAUUCCGUCUCAUCCCGAAUGGGCUACCUGGCGUGGAAACCCGUGUUCCGCUUCUCUUCUCCGGCGGCGUCCUCUCCGGGCGCAUCUCCCCACAGAAGUUCGUCGAGGUCACGUCCACAAACCCAGCUAAGCUAUACGGAUUGAAGAAAAAGGGCAGCAUUGCCCCUGGCUUCGAUGCUGAUCUGGUUAUCUGGUACCCGCAAACGAAGUUCCAGCCAUUCAAGCUCACGAACGAGAUGCUGCACCACGCUGUAGACUAUACGCCGUUUGAGGGUAUUGAGUUCAAGAACUGGCCGAGGUACACAAUCAUCAGGGGUAAGGUGGUGUUCAGCCAUGGGGAGGUAGUUGGUGAGAUGGAGUACGGUCAGUACAUCCGGAGGGAGAAGAGUCUGCUUCCAGGACCAAGAGAUGUUUGGUUGAGCGAAUGGCGGCCCUAA